AUGUCACCCUUGAAGCAACUGAAAUUAACUGAAUCUGUAAAACAAAAGAAAAAAGAAAGUCGUAAAGAAUUCCAAGAUGGCGACGACCAGGCCGCAAUGUCACCGGCCUCAGACAGACUAUCAGACCAGGAUUCCGUCUGCUCCAAAUACUCUGAAUCUCCAGUCACAGAAUACAGCUUACACAAAAUGCUGCAGGAUUUAUGUGCCAUGAUUAAUGCAGACUUCCAUCGCAUUGACGGACACCUAAGAAGAGAGAUGUCUAACUUGGGUGACAGAAUGAGUCACUUAGAAAGCCGGACAGAAGAACUGUGCACUGCUCACAAAGAAGUAGUAGACAAGGUACACAAGCUUGCUGAGGAAAAUGCUUUAUUAAGAAAUAAAAUGGAUAUGGAGGACAGAUCGAGGUGGCAAAAUGUUCGCUUCCAGACGAUGAAGUCUAUAUUGAAGUCUUUGGUACCAGAACUACCUGCAUGGGCCUUUGAUCGCAUGCAUAGACUCCCUUGCCCAGCUAGGCACACAGGGGACACACAAAAGAUGUCAUAG